GUUCUCUUUUCCAAACCUCAGGCAGCCAGAUUACACGUGACUGCCCCAUCGCUUAGCCCGAAGUGGGAACGCCGGGCAAUUUUCGCUGGCUCGCGCACAACAGGCACUUCUCCCCCUCAAGGUUAAGGGACUUCGCGUGGCAGCAUUUUCAACGUCGGUCUAAGACCACUGCCCGUGUGUGUGGCGCCUGCAACUCGUUGCCCUCCAAUAUUCGACUUUUUCGAACCUCCAAAAAAAUCUAUCGCCCCGAAGGGCUGCGUUGCCCAACAUGCCUCCACCACCUCACAUCAAGCCUGAGAAUGUCCUCAAGAGGGCCCAGGAACUUAUCGCUGUCGGUCAGGCUCCCGCCGCCUUGACCGUCCUUCACGAACAUGUCACCUCCAAGCGCACCCGCAGCAGCCCGAUCGCUUCGCUCGAGCCGGUGAUGCUGCUCUUCGUUGAGCUGUGUGUCGAUUUGCGCAAGGGAAAGUCUGCCAAGGAUGGCCUGUACCAGUACAAGAACAUCGCCCAGAACACCAACGUCGGCACCAUCGAAGUCGUCCUCAAGAAGUUUAUCGAGCUUGCCGAACAAAAGGUCACCGAGGCCCAGGCCAAGGCCGACGAGAUCCAGUCUUCCCUCGAGUCCGGCCCUUCCUCCUCCACCAACGUCGAGGACCUGGAGGCUAUCGAGACCCCCGAGACCAUCCUGCUGGCCACUGUUUCCGGUGAGCAGUCCCGUGACCGUACUGACCGCGCCGUCGUCACUCCCUGGCUCAAGUUCCUGUGGGAGACCUACCGUACCGUCCUCGAGAUCCUGAAGAACAAUGCCCGUCUCGAGAUUAUGUACCAGGCCACCGCCCUGCAGGCCUUCCAGUUCUGUCUGAAGUACACCCGCAAGACCGAGUUCCGCCGUCUUUGCGAGCUGCUCCGCAACCACGUUCAGAAUGCCGCCAAGUAUUCUACCCAGAUGCAUGCCAUUAAUCUGAGCGACGCGGAUACCCUGCAGCGCCACUUGGACACCCGUUUCCAGCAGUUGAACGUUGCCGUUGAGCUGGAGCUGUGGCAGGAGGCUUUCCGCAGCAUUGAGGACAUCCACACCCUGCUGAACCUGAGUAAGCGCCCUGCCAAGAACGUCAUGAUGGCCAACUACUACGAGAAGCUGGCCCGUAUCUUCCUUGUUAGCGAGAACUAUCUCUUCCACGCUGCUGCCUGGAACCGCUACUACAACCUGCUCCGUCUCUCCACCAUUGCCCUGGCUACCGGCUCGAGCACCAAGAAGGAGAACCCCUCUGUCACCGAGGCCGACAUGACCAAGGCCGCUUCUUUCGUCCUUCUCUCCGCUCUGUCCAUCCCCGUUAUCAGCACCACUCGUUCCCGCGGUGCUCUGGUCGACGUUGAUGAGGCCCGCAAGAACAAGAACACCCGCCUCACCAACCUGUUGGGCAUGGCCCAGCCUCCUUCCCGCCAGGUCCUGUUCCGCGAUGCCCUCAACAAGGGUCUGCUCAAGCGUGUUCGCCCCGAGAUCCGUGAUCUGUACAACAUCCUCGAAGUCGACUUCCACCCGCUCUCCAUUUGCAAGAAGAUCACUCCAAUCUUGACCAAGAUCGGUGCCGAUCCCGAGAUGGAGAAGUACGUUGUCCCUCUGCAGCAGGUCAUCCUUACCCGCCUGUUCCAGCAGCUGUCGCAGGUCUACGAGUCCGUCGAGCUCAAGUUCGUCUACGAGCUUGCCCAGUUCCCCGAUCCCUUCCAGAUCACUCCCGCCAUGAUCGAGAAGUUCAUCAUGAACGGCUGCAAGAAGGGCGAUCUGGCCAUCCGUGUGGACCACAUCUCUGGUGUCCUGACCUUCGACUCGGAUGUCUUCUCUUCCUCUAAGGCCAUGCACGCCGGCAGCGCUGCCGGCUCUGCCGAAAGCGAGAUUGGCGUCCAGCGUCUCCAGCACACUCCUGCCGAGAUUGCUCGCUUCCAGCUCGCCCGCCUGGCCAAGACUCUCCACGUUACUUGCAUGUACGUGGAUCCCUCCUACAACGAGGUCCGCCAGCAGGCCAAGCAGACCGCCCAGGCCCGUGCUCUGGCUGGUGCCGCUCAGGAGCACGAGGAGACUCUGGCUCGUCGUGUCAUCAUCGACAAAAAGAAGGAGGCUGCUACUGAUGCCCUCAACCGCAAGCAGCGGGAGGAGGAGACUCGCAAGCGUAUCCGCACUCAGCAGCUCCAAGAGGCUGAGAAGCAGCGUCUUGCUGAUGAACAGCGCGAACGUGAGCUCAAGCGUGUUAAGGACGAGCAGGACCGCAUCCGUGCUGAGGAGCUCAAGAAGCAGCUUGAGGAGCUCAAGACCGGUGUCAAGGGUCUUGAUAUCAGCGAGUUCGACCCUGAGGAGCUGGAUGCCAACCGCCUGCGUGCCAUUAAGCUGGCCCACCUUGAGAAGGAGAAGAACGAGCUGAACGACCGCGUGCGCACCACUGCCAAGCGCAUUGACCACUUGGAGCGUGCCCUCCGUCGCGAGGAGGCUAAGCACGUCCCCGCCGAUUACGAGGCUCAGAAGAAGCACGACUUGGAGCUCUACGAGGCCCAGAAGGCCGAGACUCUCAAGGAGGCCAAGCAGAAGCACGCCGAGGCUGUUGCCCUCAAGCACCGUCUGGGUCGUCUCGUGCCCCAGUUCUCCAGCUUCCGCAAGGAGCUGUCCGAGAAGCGCCACGAGGAGUUCGAGAAGCGCCGCAAGGCUGCCGAGCGGGAGUUCGAGGCCAAGAAGAAGCAGCGUGUCAAGGAGGUGCAGGAGCGCCGCCGGCGCGAGAAGCAAGAGCGCGAGGAGGAGGAGCGCCGUCUCAAGGAGGAGGAAGAGCGUGCCGCCCGCGAGGAAGAGGAGCGUGUGGCUCGCGAGGAGGAGCGUCGUCGUGCUUUGGCCGAGGAGAAGUCCAAGCGCGAGGAAGAGCGAGCCAAACUCGACGAGAUUGCUCAAAAGCAGAAGCAGCGCGAGGAAGAGGCCGAGGCCCGACGCAGUGCCCGCAAGACGGGUGGUGGUUUCGUCCCCGAACCUACUGCGGAGCGUACCGCGCCCCGUCUCAGUCUCGCCUCUCGCCCAGCGGUUGCUGCCGCCGGUGGUGGUGGUGGUGGCUGGAGAGAACGUUUGGCCGCCAAGGAAGCCAGCGGUGGUGCUGCCCCCGAGCCUGCUGCUGCGCGCGAGGAGCCUGCUCCUCUCCGCAAGGGCGGAUACGUGCCCCCUCACCUCCGUGGCGCUGCCUCUGGCUCCGCCCCGCCAGCUCGUGAGGACGGCCCCGCUGAGCGUUCCGACCGUUUCGAGCGCCCAGAGCGUACUGAGCGCUUCGAACGCCCCGAGCGUGCUGAGCGUUCAGACCGAUUUGAGCGUCCCGAGCGUACUGAGCGCUUCGAACGCCCCGAGCGUGCUGAGCGUACUGACCGUUUCGUUCCCCGCCACCUGCGCGAUCCAACCUCUGCCACCCCCGAGGCUCCCCCAGCUGAUAAGCCCGAGGAGUCCAAGCCCAGCACUGGCGGCAAGUGGGUGCCCCGCUGGAAGCAGCAGCAGUCUUAAGCUGAUGCACGGGUGGAUCUCUAUGUUUUCUUCUUUUCACCUUCACUUAUAGGGAGCGAACUAAAAAAGUGACUCGGACAGCCUUUUUUUUCUAUCCGGCGCAUGUUUCUUUUUCAUGACCCAUCUUGCAAUGACCCUGUAUCAUCGGCCAGGACUCCUUGCCGCUCUCUUUACACACGGUCGCCAAUUCUGGCCCAUCGUUCCUAUUUGAUGUGUGUGUGUCUUCUUGCGUGUUUCAUGUUCUUUAAUUUCCCCAUCUUCUUGUUUUCCUCCGGAUAGGUCUAUAUUUUGUCAUCCGUGAUGCCAAUAUCAUGCCCUGUUUCGGUGCGUCGUUGGUCCCGAAUUGGAAUUGGGAUUUCAGUGAAUGAGAUCAAUAUUAGACGAAUCAAUGCCUUUUUUAGGACAA